UGAGGACCGAAGAUAUCUCCCGCAUUGCCUUUCAGUUGAUCACCGCCAUUGACUACUGUGCCAAAAACAGAAUUCUUCACAGAGACUUGAAGCCCGCCAACAUUAUGUUUCAUUCGGAUUCCCCCAAGGCACAGCUACGUGUCAUUGAUUUUGGAGCUGGAGUGCAAGAUAUAGAAGAAAACAAGAUGCAUACCACCUUUGCAGGAACCCCCUUUUACAACUCCCCCGAGAUUUUCCAACAAAAGUACACUCAAAAAACCGAUGUCUUUAGCGUCGGCGUCACCCUCUACGUGCUGACAUCGGGAUAUCCUGCCGACUCUUUGCAAAAAGCAUUCAACUUGCUACAGAAAUCCAAACGAGACCUCAAAAAGCUUCCCAACAUGCCACAAAACAUGCCCGAAUCAUUCUACGAUCUACUCAAUGGAUUGUUGGUAUACCAUGCCAAGAACCGCAAGACGGCAGGAGAACUACUCAAUCAUCCCUUUGUCACAUUCCACCAACAAUUGGAACAAGAAGAAGCUGAAGAAGCUGCCGACACGAUCGUCGGUGCCUUGCCCACGACGCCUGUACCCAACAAGCGUCCGUCCAUGCUCAAGAGUCAAUCAUUUUCCGUCAAUGGCGCCGUCGAACGUCAUACACUCAUGCUCAGUUAUCAAUCCUUUGAACGAUCGCUCACCACAUUGUUGGCCACCAUGUUGUCCCAACCCGAUUUGGCACGGCUCUUGGACUUGGUGCAAAAGGCUCAAGUGGCAGUAUUGAUUGAAGAAGAAGGAACCGAACACACCACGGGCAGUGCCAGUGAACAUGCUGCGCCUCUCGAACCCGAUCAGUUGGGGGUCAUUUCGUUGAAUCGUCUUUACGAGAUUGUCAAGACCGAUUUGAACAAUGAAGAUGUUAUCAACCGGGCCAAGAGUCUUCCCAAUGCUUCCAGCUACAUCACAUUUGCUUAUCACACGGCCCUCUUGCAAGACUUUGUCAAACCAGCCUACCAAAACAACAACACGUCUACAACCAAGGAAGUGGACGUGGACGACAUGGAAUUUGACGGUGGAAAACUGCGUCGGCACAGCCAUAUGAACAACAAUAAACGUCUUGCUUCUCUGGGUGGAGGCUCGAGUGGAUCCACCAUGUCCUCCAUGAGAGACCUGUCCAAGUGGUCCGCGGAUGCCAAGGGCAGUGGCUCUGUUCGUGGAGGUGGUGCCAUGAGUCGCUUGGGAGCUUCCUUCCGAAAGGGACCCCGUGGUGGAGGCAUGAACCGUGCACAAUCCGUCAUGAUUGCGGGUGUCUAGCUCUGUUUGUUUGUGUGUUGCCCCCACGACAAUUUUACUAAUUUUUGCGCUUGGAAGUGUUUGGUUUUGUGUCCACGCUUGUUGCCCCAAGUUUGCAUGGCUUGUUCUUGAAGAUCAAGCCGCAAAGGCUAUGGAUGGAUUGAUUCAUAUUUUCAUUACUACUACUUCUGUUGUUCAGCUAAAACUUUUGAACUCAUAAAAGAAAUACUGUUUUGCUUUUGCAUGCCGUU